AUGAAACGUGAUCUUGAUCUUUCGUUACCAAUAAGAUUGAUUAGCUUACCACAGGGGUGCAAACUUAAGAUGAUAAGAACCAAAAAUGAGAGAUGUGGUGAAUUGUUGGUCACAGUGAGGCUACAGAUCAUAUCACCUGAGGGCGAAACCCUGAACAACUAUCCGGUAGAGUCUCUUGUUCAGAAGUUUGAUUCUUCAACCUCUUUGAUAGAUGUGAUUAAAAAAUAUGAACAGGUGUUAAAUGAUUCUUUAUUGAACAGAAAAUCGCAUUAUGACGAUGUCAAACUUGGCAAAAGAGUGUACUGUGAGUACCAUUCCAUGAUUCAAACUAUUUCAAAGGUGAUAGAUACGAUUGAAGAAAUGAAAAGUACAGAUUUGAGGAGACUGGGUAUGACUAAGGGAAAUCAUUCAUUACGAUUGAAAUUUAUAAGGGAGGAUAUUCGAGCAGAGGACAUAAAAGAGGAAGAUAAGGUGAUUGAAGUUCCCGAAAUAAAGCCCGAGAUUCACGAGCCUAUAGAAGCAAAGUCCAGUAUUCCAGUGAUGGAAAAGGAAAUAGAGUCUUCUGGUGAAAAGCCUGCUGUCAAUGUGGCAGUAUUCUCCAAACAGACCAAGCAAAUAUCUCAUGAAGAUACAGAUGACUCUGUCUACGAUAUGACCGUUGAACAGGCCAGGAAAUACCAAGCGUUACUUUCUAGAAGAGCGACUGGCGGUCCUAUGAUGACCAGAGCCCUGAGAGAGAAAUUGAAGAGUGAAAGAAACGUUGAGGUGUUGGAAUGCCUUAUUAGAAUUCGAUUCCCUGAUCAUACAACGGUUCAGAUUGAGUUGAAAGCAACACAGUCGUUAAGGGAUCUUUACGAUGUUCUUAUUAGCACGAUUCUUGAUUUAUCAAGCGAAGAAAUCAGUCUAUUAGCUAGCGAUGAUCCGAUCUUCUUCGAUUUGAUGACUCUCUAUCCUCAAACGAAACUUCUAUCGACUGAGGAAGAUCUUGAUAAGCAGCUAGUUGCAAACUGCCAUCUAGGAAAAAGAUCUUUACUUGUCUACAGAGAGAAACAACCUUCUGGAAAAAUUCAUUUUGUGAAAGAAGAAUACCUCCAAAACGCCAAACCUUUGAAUGACAUGGAUGAACUUAAACUUGAAGAACAGAUGGAGGCGAAGCCAAAAGAAAGCGCCAACGAGAUUGCCAGAAAUCUCAGACCACAUACAACUACCAAAAAAGUUCCAAAGUGGUUUAAAAUGGGAAGAAUAUAA